AGAGUGAGAGAGCAAGGAGCGCACACGUCGCACUAUCAACUGCAUCCGUCUAAGAAAACAACUCCGGGCAAGUCUUGUACGAGAGACACCAAACUAGAAGUUGAUUCCCACUAAAAGAGCGCACCGGGCGGACGCAGCCAGCUGUCAUGGCCCGUGACAAAUCAGGCGGCGGGCACUUCCACGAGUGGAUCCUCGCAGUUCUGCUUGAGUGGACGGGGAGCUGUGGGAGCUGCGAUCGUCGCCCUGCAUUCUGCCGCCCUCGCUCUUUGGCUCCGACGGUGUUUAGUUAGAGCGGCUGGCAACACAUAAAAAGUCAAGAUAGAGGCAGUAGCGUAGAAUAUGCGAGUACGACGCUUGAUCGGAUCCUCCUGGCUCCAGCGGUAAUAGACGGAUCUUCAAGCAUGAUCAUCGAAGAGGAUUGUUUGAAGGAUACUGUGUGAAGGGAGAAAAGUUAAACGCAGCAGCGGCUCGGGGGAAGGAGAAAGACUCGGCAAAGGUCUCUGGUUCCAAAUGUCACCCUCCUUGGACUCUGCCCCAGUUGGGGAACGGCAGCAGUGUGUGACGGACAGGCGAAUGGAGCCUGCGGUGGCUCUCUCCCGCGUGGCUUCAAACAGGCCUUGGAUGAGCUCUGCAUGGCGCAACCAGUGAAGAAUCCUGCUAUGGUCUGACGUCUCAGCAUGGAUGGAGUCAGUCAAAAGAUCCGCCACCUCUAAUGAGACCACUGCUCUUCAGUCGAGGACUAGCUUUUACAGGAUUACACACACUUUGUCCUGAUCAUUUCGUAGCAACCAACAUCAUUAGCAGACGCUCCACGGAGGACUUUUUUUGUCUUUAGUAUUUGUUGGAAUAAUACAUUAUUUAGAUGUAUUUUUUACUUUGUUUCACUCCCUUCUGAUUCUUUUUUUUUUAAAUAGUUGCUUUCCCUCAUUUUCCUAUUUUUUUAUUUUUAAGUAUGGAGUUUCUGACUGGACCCUGGAAUAAGGAUUGGACUUCAUUCUUACAAUUUUGGUUGACUGUAAUACUAAGCCUUCAAAUGCAAUUCAGUCCAGGUGCCUCUUGCCCAGAAGAGUGUCGUUGUGACAAAUUAUUUGUGUACUGCAACGAACGCAGCUUGACAUCUGUGCCUCUGGGGAUACAGGAGGGCUACAAGGUUCUCUAUCUGCAUAACAACCAGAUCAACAAUGCUGGCUUUCCUUUGGAACUUCACAAUCUUGCCUCUGUGGAGACUGUGUAUCUGUACGGCAACCAGCUUGAUGAAUUUCCCAUCAAUCUGCCUAAAAACACCAGAGUACUGCAUCUACAGGAGAACAAUAUUCAAACAAUCUCCAGGGCAGCCCUAGCACAGUUGACUCGAUUAGAAGAGUUGCACCUUGAUGACAACUCCAUCUCAACAGUGGGGGUGGAAGAAGGGGCCUUUAGGGAGGCACUAAGCCUCAAACUCCUCUUCCUCACCAAGAACCACUUAAGCAGUGUUCCCAUUGGCCUCCCAGAGGACUUGAAAGAGCUAAGGUUGGAUGAGAAUAGAAUCGCCGUCAUCGCCGAGGAGGCCUUCCAGAAUGUGACACGUCUACAGCGCCUCCUGCUGGACGGGAACCUGCUAACCGAUGAAGGCAUUGCGCCAGGGACAUUCCAGGAACUGGCCAGCCUCCGAGAACUGGCGCUGGCCCGCAACUCACUCACCUUUCCCCCUCCCCUUUUACCUAGCCAGUCACUGGUCAAACUUAGCCUGCAGGAAAACCAGAUUGACCAGAUCCCAGUAGCCGCAUUUGCAGAAUUAAAUCGAAUGGAGAAGUUGGAUAUUUCCAGCAACCAACUUCAGACUCUUACACAGGGUGUAUUUGAUAACCUGUCAAGUUUAAGGCAUCUCAUUGUGCGCAAUAACCCAUGGCGCUGUGACUGUGCAGUGAAAUGGGUGGUGGUGUGGCUCAAGUCAUUGCCAUCCUCCAUAAACGCACGAGGCUUCGUGUGUCAGAGUCCAGACAGAGUCCGUGGAAUGGCAAUCCGUGAGCUCACACUGGAUAUUAUUGAAUGUCCAGUCGACGCUGGCCAACCACCAUGGCCCACCCUUCGCUCUACACCUCCUCCUCCGCCCACCACCACCCCUCUUACCACCAUAAUCUCCACUGUUGUAACCACAUCCAAUCCCGACUACUUUGACUCUCCUUCCCCACCUUUACCCCCAAUCCAUAUCAAUCCUCCCGGCCCCAUGCCUCCUUAUGAGGACCCCCUUCAGAUUUCCUUCCAUGUGGUUAACUCUUCUAAUAUAGAGGUGAGCUGGGCUUCCUAUUUCACUGUCACAGCCUACAAGGUCACUUGGGUUAAACGGGGCCAAAGCCAAAUGAACGAAGGCAUGCAGGAACGGACCGUGAGUGGGGGCCAACGGCAUAUUAGCCUCACUGACCUGGAAGCCAGGUCUGUGUACCGGAUCUGUGUGCACGUGUUGGACACCCAUAACUCUUACAGGCCAGGAGAGGAUACAAUAUGUUCUGAAGCCAGAACCAAGUCAGCCUUGCCAACUAAGUCUCCUGGUUCAGGGCAAACACCGAAGGAGAGUGUCAAUUCCACAUUAUUAAUGGCUGGCAUCAUUGGUGGAGCAGUCCUUAUCGUCUUAGUAACACUGCUUAGCCUAUUUUGUUGGCACAUGCACAGGAAGAGCCGGUCAUCUUCGACCAAGUGGAAAUACAACAGAGGCCGGAGAAAAGACGACUACUGCGAGGCUGGAACCAAGAAGGAUAACUCCAUUCUUGAGAUGACUGAAACCAGUUUCCAAAUUGUGGCGCUGAACAACGAGCAGCUGCUCAAGGGAGAUUUCCGCAUUCAGCCUAUCUACACACCCAAUGGGGGGAUUGGAUUUAGAGACUGUCACCUCAGUAACAACAGUUUAGCCUAUUGCAAGAGCAGCAACGUACCGAGUAUAGAGUUUUGCCACACGUGAUGCCAAGGCAAACAGUGGAUUGUUACACCCACAAACUCCAAAAAACAGUUGACGAUACAUAUAAGACACACAUACACUGUCUGUUUAGACAAUAAGAGAAAAACAUGAAAAAAAUCUAGCGAAAUAUAACUGUACAAUAUAUAUAAAUAUAUAUAUAUAUAUUUCCAAAUUCUGUCUCGGAUGUAAUUUAUACUGUGGAUAAUAAUGUGGGUUUUUUCUGCUAUCUUUUUUAUUCAUAGACAAAGGAGAUCCAAGUGUUUCUUUUUUUUUAUGAACAGCAGGGUUUUGAAAGUUGUUUUAAUGGUCGAUACUGUACAUGAACACUAAUUUGUACAAUCAUGGCACCCUGGGUGUAGCUUCUGGCAUAUGCUGUCAGCCUCGGAAAAUGUUGGGCACUGAGGGCUUGGAUCCUUUGCUAACCACAGAAGUAAAAACUAAACAAAAAAGCUUUUUAGUCAUAGAAACCUCCCAAGUAUAUCAACAUUGUCAAACAAAUGGAAAUAGCACUGAUUAGCGCAUUGUGGAAAAGAGCACGAUUCGUAACAGUUUUUUUUUUUUUUUUUUUUU